AUGGCGACGACCCAGCAAAUUCGAACCCACUCACACAACACAUCAGAUAGUCUAGACUCUGUCGACGUAAACGAAAUCGAGUCAAUACAAGAGAGGCCACAUUCAGGCUCUCACAUCGAUCCCUAUGAACACAUGAAAUUCCAACUCAACCCAGACGGUAGUAUUACGAGGUUAUCAGAACUCCCCACCCUUGAAGCAUCUGUUGACGAUCCCUUGGGAGACACUAGAGGCAUUAUGAGCAAAGAUGUGAUCUUCAACCCCGAAAAGAAAACCUGGGCUCGUAUCGUCCGUCCCAUGCCGGAUGACCUCGAGAAAGGGGUGCGUCUUCCUCUCGUCAUGUACUUCCACGGCGGUGGAUUUACUACUUACACCGCCGGCACUGUUUUCUGCAACAAUCUCUGCGAACGCGCCGCCCGACUUGUACCAUGUAUUGUUGUCUCCGUGAGUUACCGUCUUGCACCGGAGAAUCGUUUGCCUGCGGCAUACGAAGACGCAGAUGAUGCGUUGUUGUGGUUGAAGCAACAGGCGUUGGACACCGAGAACGGCGAGCCUUGGCUGAAAGAACUCGCUGACUUCUCACGUAUUCUGCUUUUUGGUUGGAACAGUGGUGCCAACGUGGCAUUCCACGCGAGAUUAAGAGCGUUGGAUCUGGAUCUUGCUCCACUUAAGAUCCUUGGUGUGAUGAUGACACAACCUCUGUUUGGUGGAAUGGAAAGGACUAAAUCAGAUCUCAAAUAUGCCGAUGAUCAGAUGCUGCCGUUGACGGUGAAUGAUCUGAUGUGGGAACUGGCCCUACCUGUUGGGGCCAAUAGGGACCACGAGUACUGUAACCCAUGGGCCAGCCCUAGAAUUAUCGAGAAGCUUCCGAACAUGGGGAAGGUUUUGGUGAGAGGGUAUGGUGGGGACAUCACUAUCGACCGACAGAGAUCCUUGGUGGAGCUGCUGAUGAAGAAUGGGGUUCAGGUAGUGGCUCACUUCGACGAUGUAGGCUUCCAUGGUAUCGAUCUCAUUGAUUCUCGAAGGGCUGUGGCUACCCUUAAUUAUUUGAAGGAUUUCAUUAAUUCUACUUCUUCCAAACCCAAGCCAAGGCCUCUCAUCUACUGCCACUCCCAUUCCCGCUCCAACUCCCACUCAUCACCAAGGUCAUACCGUAGCUAA